AUGCCUCCCAAAAGACCCAGACAAGCAAAAGCAGGUGCGAUCCUGAGCGGCAUCUCACGUGCUGGCCCAGGGGAGGCAGACAUCGGAAGCAUGGUGCCACAGGAUCCAUCCAACCACUCUAGAAACCACGAGGAGCUACUUCAAUAUCCAUCCACUACCUUAUCCAAUAUGCUUGGGAUGACACACGCAUCAAACCUGUUCAUUCACACCUUGCCGAUAGCUCAGGGUGUGUGCGCGUCCGAGUCCAAGAACCUUGGGGGUGGGAUCGAGCUUAUGCAUAAGGCCAUAAAGGCUGGAUGUCCCCCGAAUUAUUUUGUCGUGAUUGACACGGACUCGGAUGAGUUUGCCAAAGGAAACGCCGUAGGCUCAGACGUUGUCGCAAAAUCCCUUGGUAAAGAAUUCAUGGAGUGCAUGGGAGCAGCCUCUUCUGCUGCAAGGGGUGACACAGCUGUCAAUGUCACGGCAACCGGGAACAAGCCGUGGUGCGAUCUCACUGCCAAGUCCAGAGGAGGACGGAGGGCUCUCCUCCUGGUCGGCAGCCAUCCUGCUAUCAGGCUCCGUCAUCACUUUGAAUCACUUGUGGCGUUGGUGAAGAACUCCACAUCUCAAAUAUCUCAUACCGUGCGCUCCCUCAUUGUGGAGACUGGAGUGUUCGGACAAACCAAUCCAUGGUCUGCAUUGAGGGACAUCCUCGCGUCGAACCACCAAGUCUUAGACUACACAACUGUUGUGGUGUUGUACGCGACCGACACCGGUGUCUCCCGCCAAAUCGAAUGUCGUCAGAUUGGGAAGGACAUCCCUGCAUCGCAUGCAUUUGGCUACGAGUUCAAGCUGUGCGGAACAGCUGGAUGCGAUCCAGGGCUAAAAGGCAUGCAGGUCUACAGCCAGAGGGAGAAAGUCCGGCUUCGGUGUACCUUGUGCCACUGGAGGUCUCCAUGGGUAAGGACCGAUGAGGACAACGAACACUUCAAGAGGGUGAACGCACUCACUGCGCCUCAGAUAUUCUGGCACCGUUUCCCCCCCUCAAAAGAACUUCAACAGUUUUUCAUCAAACUCGAGCCACGCGAACCAGAAGGAGGAGACAAGGGGGUGAAGGGUGGAGUCGCGGAGGGGAGGAGAGAGACAACCACCUCUCAGCAGCCACAUCCAUCGCCAAUUGCACAUUGCCUUAUUUAUAACGCGAAAGGACGCUCGCGGCUACGGUCGCUUUUUCGAGUCAUCAUUCAUGUGAAUCGAUUGGUGUCACAGAUACAAAUAUCGUAA